AUGACUACUUCUACUCAAAUCUCAUCUUCGAUCUCUUUGACACCCUCAAAAAGCUAUAGGUGCUAUACAUCCCCUUCUCCCACUCCCUCCUAUUCAUCUACCUCGUCAUCACGAUCGAGAUCGAGAUCUACAUCAUCGCUCAGUAGAUUUUCUCCUUAUCCAAAGGUUAAAGUAGAGCGAUCAGAAGAAGAGGAUAAAGUAGCUUGUAAAUUGAGAGAUAUCGGUUUGGAAAUUCCAAAAGCUAGAUCGACUAGUCCAUAUGAAGAACUCGCCACAGCUAAACCGCAAUUCAUCCAUUAUAAGCCACAAAGUCACUUGGCACAUCGAAGAGCAUAUUCAAUGUCUCAGGUAUCUUACGGAUACUUCAUCCUCCCUUCUUCAUCUCCUUCAACGCCGAAAGAAGAAUCUCGACCGCAAACAGUCAAGAGACAUAUUAGAGCUCAUUCAACUUCGGCCUCUCCUCUUCCCAACCCUUUCCAAGGGUUUGCUCGACCAAUGAUUACUCCCUCACCUCGAUCAAUCCCAAGUGAAAGGGUAAAUUCCGCAGCUCCUAAGCCAUCUGACAAAACCGCAGAUUCUAGUUCAAGAAGACUCAUUUUGGUCAACCCUACUAUCGCACAUCACCUCGUACAUGGUGGAAUGGUUGGUAUUCGUUCAGUGGAUGGAAAGAAGUCUUUCAAGAUUUGUUUACCUCAUUUGGGUGGUGUGCAACUGGUCAGAAGUGCAGCCGCAGCCGCGUAUUAG